AUGAGCGAUGUCGAGGAGGCGUUGUCCGAACUCUCAGAAGAAGCCGACGCCGACCAGGUUCCUUCACGCCUUCAGCCACACCCAAUUUCGGGGCUUCUGCUCGCUUGUUUAGCGUGUCCUCUUGUCGGUUUCGCGUCCGUCCGUUGUGUUGCGAUAUCGGAUUCGAUUCAAGUGUCGAGUUGAAAAUUGUUUGCUCAAGCGUCGUUCAGUCUCCACCUCGCCGAUUUUUUCCAUUGAUUUCACGUCGCACUGUUUUUGCAGUGAUUUUUCUCGCACAUCGCACUUCUCCCUGGGCGGCCGUCCAUUCAAACGACUUGCUGCAAUUACCUUGGCCUCGCCCUGUAUGUCGCGCGUCUUCAGACCCGCUUCCCAUCCUCUUCGAGUGCGGAUUCGAUUCAAAUUGUCCGUCUCCGUCGGAAACUGCUGAUUCGACAUUUCCUAUUGAGCUUCCAAUGACUCUUCAGUUUUCAAAGACCUUCAAAAGAUUCCAUCGAUUCAAACAUGGCGAGAUACUUUUCCACAAACUUCUUGCCUUUUUUGUCGCCUACUAUCGGAGUUCAUUCUUUUUGUUUUUUGGAAUAUAACUUUUCAAAGUUUCAGUAUUUCCUCUCUUCUCAAAACUUCAUUUCUGCUUCUCGUUCGUACUAAUGAGGCAUUGUGCGUGUUUAUUCAGGCAUAAGCAGCUUAGGAAGAUUCACAUGCGUUUUUGACAGUUUAUAAUCGUUCCUAGUGACAUUUUGGUAAAAAUAAAUAGUCCUUAAAAAUGACGCUAGCAGGUCUAUUCGAAAAUUUUAACAUGCGGUGAUAAGCCUUUUUAUUCUCUUUUGAAGGUCUUCAAAGGCCGCCUACUGAAUACUGGAAAUAUUGUAAAAUUUUCCAUGGUAUAGAGAGAAAAAACUUUAAAUGAAAAAUGAAAAGUUAUUUUGGAGAAAAAGAUCUCCAAAAAUUUUUGUGUAUCCAAGUAUUGUUGUCAGUCGUCCACAAAAUUUCAAUUUUUCAAAAGGAGAAAAACCACCGCAAGAGGAGGAGAAAAUUGCUGGGCGGUCAUCCAAGUUUUUUAUUGAACACUUUUGAAAAAAAAUCGAAGGAAACGCAGCGAAACGAUAAUUUAAAAAGAGUUUUUCAAUAUCAAUUUCUGUACCAGUUCACACCUACAGAUCUCCACCUCCAGACAAUUUUUGCUCCUUUAUAUCAGGUCUUUUGUUUGUUGAAACAUUCAGAAAUGAAACCGCAUACAUCUAAAGAGGUCAAUGUUAGCCUUACUUGAAAAGGAGAAUACUUGGUCUUUCUCCUCGAAGCAAUUCAUAAAGGCCAACACACCUGUUCGUGUCGUUCCGAAUCGGCACUACUCAUGCAUGGAGCGACAACACAAAAGGUGGGAGGCGGCAGAAGCGGGCUCACGGAGCUCUUUCGGCCUCGCUAGCACUCAUUGAUCCUGCGGCAUUCGCUCUCUUUGCCGCCACGCCACCUCGACGUCUUCAGUUAUCUCCAAAUCUUGUUCCGUCCUUCAGAAAAAAAAAAAAACAGAAAAAAUGAUUGGGAGAGCCGGAUGUGCGGCGUUUCCUCCGAAUUUUGUUAGAGUCAGCUGGAAAUUGUAAGGAACUCUAACAAAAGCUGGUCGUUCCCUUUUCCUCGUCUUCGCACCUCGCCGUCAUUUCCAUGUUACAGAUCUCGUUUUGUAUACCUUUCGUUACAUCUUUCGACUCUUCCUGUCAUGUUUUACAUUUGAAAUUGAGCGGAUUUUAAAAUAACAGACUGUUCCGCUUCAAAAUGCUCCAAAAAGUAAUCUUUCAGAGUUUCAGAGCAUUUUUAUUCAAUUUGGGACAAGUUUCAGACGAAUUUUGAAGGAGUAGGUAGAUUUUUUUUUGGGAACCUCAUAUAAUUGUAGAGAGAACAAUUUCCAUUGCAGAAAACUAAAAGAAUUUCUUUAGUAGUUAUUUCAAAUUGGAAUGGUAUGGACUCCAAUAUUUCUAACUUUCUACUGAUUUAACGUCCUUAUAUUUCUGGCACUGAAAAGUCGCACCUCUAUUUUUGAUUUCUUUAUGCAUUUUUCGUAUCAUACAAUGCUUCAGCCUUGUUUUGCAAUUCACAUGCUUCUCGAAAUCUCACGCUCUUAUCCCACUCAAAAAUUCGGCAUUUUAAGCUCGAGCUCAAGCCGGAGCCAGAGCCGACCGAAGAAGAGAGUGAGCAGCUGCCGAGCUUCGACGAUUGUUUGCGGUCACAACCGGAACCGGAGCCACACCUCGUCGAUCUGGUCGCGGCUCCGCCGUUAGCGGUCGCCGACCAGGUUGAAGACGUCGCCAGCCAGAAGGACGACGCCAUCGCCGUUUUCUUCGCUGAGAAGGACGUCGUCGAGUCGCCGCCACCGAUGGAGGUCGCAGCCACUUCCAACUACUUUCACGGGGUACCGCCUUUGUUGGCUUUUCCUUAAUUAUUCAUGCUCCCCCGUUGUUGCGUCGCUUUCCAGCCGACGCUGUCAAUUACAGCUGUUUGCAUUAGACAGGUGUUAGUCCCACUUAUUAUAAGAGAUUCUUUAAUGCAAAUACGAUGAACUGCAAAAUAGGAAAUUAUCCUUUCGCAUCUUAUUUUUUGACUAUUCAGCAGGAAGAACGCCUGUCGGAAGGCUCUCCGACCCAAGAGCAGCACUCGCCAACCAGCAAUUCCGACGAGAGAAGGAAUUCAGAAGAGGUUGAGGUCGACGUCGGACGCCUUCAAUUGAAUAGCCCUCCGUUGUCUUCGCCAGAGUCUUCUGAAAGCGUGAGUCUCCUUUUGAACGGGAUCUAUCUUCCUAGCCGUUUAUCAUAUCCAUUGAUUGAAAUCGAUGAAAUUUUAAAUAUAUUACUCCGGGAACAUUUUUAGUACAUUUGACUCCUUUUUUCAGAUAAAACCGACUUUUUUCAGGCAGUUCCGGCGAGUGAAAACACACCGCCGCCGCCGCCGCAGGACGAAAAGCCUCGAAGGACGGGAAUUAAGCCACCAACGCAAAUCAAAAGCCUCCAACGAGCGGCGAUUAGCAGGUUUCUUUUUUCGGCUGCUCUUUUGUUUCCUAAUUCAUGCAAUAUGUUCCUAGAGCCGAGCAGAAGGUCCCCGAUCAUUCCAUUGAAACGCCGAAAAAGACACCAGCGUGAGUUUCAUCAGUUCAUUGAAAAUUCGCUCGGAAAGCAAAAAGUAUAUCAAUUUCCUUCUCAAUUUCUCCACGUUUGAAACAGGAGGAAUAGUAGAUAAUAUAAUGUACAAUUUUCUCUGGAUUUUACUUUGUUAGGCGCAGACUUGUUCUGCGCCCUUUGGGUUUAGGCAGUUGGGAAAAAAAAGGGCGUUAUGAUUUAUUUUAUUUUUCUAAUCGUGCAGUUCUGUAAAAAGGAAAUCAACAAAAAAAGUCAAUUUUGCUUUCAACCAGUUUCACUUUGCAAAUUUCGAGGCUCAUUUUAUUCGGUUAUCAAAGUGGAAACCAGGAAAGGUCUUUUUCAAAGGUUAUCGUUUUUCUUGUUUGAGCAAACGCGUCACUUUUUUUUCGUUGAUGUCAACGAGUUCUUUAUCUUUUCCUAGUUCACAUGUCCUUCAAAUGUGAAUAUCGAUAAAUUCAGUUGAAAUGAGUUAAGAAGAGAAAUAAUUGAGGUGAGAAUGGAAUGUUAAGGUCGCCCGCAGUGGGAAGCCGCAGCCGACCGCCGAGAAAUGGUUUGCCGCCCAACUCGUUCGCUGUAAUUGAUACUCGUUCAGACUCGCGGUCAGCCACGCCGAAACCGGCGCCAAUCGGUGAGCUGAAAGGCGAAAGACAAGAUCUCAAUUAGUUAAGGGCAAAACAAGUAGUGUCUGUAAGGAAGUGGUAGUUCUAACAGUCCCUAUUUUAAAUGAUUUCUUUUUUCGAAAUAUUGUUUCUGAAAUAGUUUCAAAAAAUAUUGGAUCCAAGAAAAAAAAACUUGAAAGGUAAUAUUUAAUUGGCUAUGGUGGCGCGAUCAAAGGCAAAAACAAUGAAUUGUAAAAAGCUUAAAAUUGAUUUUGAAGUGUCACUUACAUUCGUUCAAAACUACCUUUCACUUAUUAAUAGUGAAAAUAAUGAAGGAAUUACAGUCAAUUCGGGAUCUACAACGCCUCGAGUCAACGCGAAAUACGCCAAUGUUAGAAGGUACUUUUCAAAAAAAUGAUAAUUUAUAUUUUUUUAAGAUUUUUUUAGCAAAAGUUGGAUCAGUCACUAAUCAUAAGCCCAGCGGCGGUAACGUUGAAAUAUUUUCUGAGAAAAAAAGGUUGGUCCACUGAUUCAAAUUUCGAUCUGCUAGUUAGCUUUGAUUGAAAAAAAAAAUUAGAUUAAGUACAAAAAGUUAAAUUUAUUUUUUCUUUUUUCAGACCUACGAUGUAAAAUCUAAGGUUGGAUCUCUCGAGAAAGCCGAUCAUACUCCAGGUGAGCAUUAUCUUUUUUCAAUUGCAAGAAAAACUAAACUUGGUUUAAACCCCAAGACCUUUAAAGUCCACAAACGUGAAGAACAUCCCCAUUUUAUUUUACUUAAAAAACUUGAGUUUGAAGGCGGCGGCAAUGUGAAAAUUGAAUCAAUCAAGUUGAACUUUGGGGCGACGGCCAAGCCUCGAGUUGCUUCGAAAACGGAUUACACGCCGGCGAAGAGCGAGAAAAAGGCAAGAAUAUUCUUGGAUUGUCUUCAUUUGAACGUUGUUUUAAAUUUUUUGGGGUGAAUAUUAAAAGGUGAGAUGUAAGUCGAAUAAUAUGAAAGCAGGAAAGCUUCCUUUUUAUGUUUGCGGAAUAGCUUUUUAUUUUUUUCAAGAAGAAAAGAGGAAACCAGAAUUCAAACCUCAGGGAAAAAAAAAUCGAAAUGCACACUGCCGAGUUUUUCAACAAUGUCAUUUUGUUUGCAGAUUAUCUCGCAGAAACUCGAGUGGACCGCCGCUUCCAAGGUCGGAUCUCUGCAGAACGCCAACCACCGGCCUCAAGGCGGAAACGUUCAGGUUUCCAGUGAUGAGUUGUUGGAAACCAAAAGUUCGGGAAGGUUCACAGAAAUUCUUGUCAAAGAAAGAACGAUUACGUUUGAAGUUUUGAAAACGUGGUCAGAGAACUCGAUGAGUUGAAACUUCAUUGACUAGUUUUCUAUAUUUCUUUCACAGAGUUCCACGUUUUGAGCUUUUGUGAUGUGUUUUUUGCCGUUUCUUCGUGUGUUUUUACAUUUCACACGACUAUUUUUUUCGUUGAAGUAGCGGAUAAUUUCAAGGUGAAAAGUAAAUUAGGCGUGCAAGGCCGUGUUGCACUGAAAAAUUGCGGUGGCCUUGUAAUUCGAAAAAAAGUUGGUUCAUAGGGACGGAGGUAUAUAAAACUCCGAAAGAGAUGAAUUCUUUCCAUAGCUCGAAACAGUCACAAUGCACGAGUGCGGUUGCGUUGCAGAUUUUGAACCAGAAGCUGGACUGGAAGGCGGAAAGCAAGGUCGGCUCCAAGGACAACAUUCGCCACAAGCCCGGCGGCGGCAACGUCAAAGUUUGUGCUUUGGAAAGAAAAAAAUGGUCAAACCACCCGGGACCGGUAUCGGUUCGGUUGGGAGGACUGUUGAUUUCCAUUGGUGUGGCAAUUCAGAGAGAAGAGGUGGAUGGCAAGUAUAAAUGAAUAUUAUUUGCUAUGAGAGGUUUUGCGAGUCUAAAGUCAAGAUAAACAUUUUGAUUCUUUUUUUCUUUUUAAAAGCUACAAGGUAACUUUUAGAAGAAGACUAUCAAAAAGUUUAAAACCUUUUUUUAAAAGUUAUUCUAAAAAAAGCCUCCCUUUUUUUAUCACGUUUGAUUCAAAACUUGUGAAAAAAAAUUUAGGACUCCAGAAAAUAGAGAAAUUUUAGGUUUUCUACAAGCGCCAUUUUUUUUGGUUCGACAAACUCAAAAUCCAUCCAUCGAGUCUCUGUUUUUCAAAAAGAAAAAUUUUCUUGGCUUUUGCUAGUCCACCGCUUUUUUCAGAUCUUCGACGAGAAGCUGACCUACGUGUCCGUGGGAUCCAGUCGACACGCCUCCUCAAACGAUCUCAAUUUUUAAACUAUUUGCUCCACGUUUUGGGCUUUUCCACUCACUUCGGUGUAUGUAUAUUUUCCACUAUUGUCAUGAAAUUCGCCGAUUCCUUCAAAGAUUGAUUCCGUGACCGUACCAGUAGCCCUGCCUUACCUUUCACCUCAACCACUCCCGAUGACCAACACAGUGACGUCAUAGGCCGAGACGACGUCACGCGGCAAGAAGCGUCGUUCCUCGUCGGUCUUCCGGACGUCGAUGCCCGGCGCCGUCUAUCCACUCACCGCCGACCAAGUCUUCGCCAAAUAA